AUGUAUGUACCCUCCACCACACUAUCAGUUAAUUUGACUGCUAUUACCAUCUCUUCAUAUGAGUAUGAUGUAAGUCGUCGGGUCAAGUCCUGGUUUACAAUCGUGUUUUGUAGAGUCUUGCUAGCCUAGAUUCUUAUGGUGCGCGUGAUAUGAGCAAACAAGACGGAAUAAAAGUCCUGAUUCAUUAUUCUUAGUCGUACACAUACAGAAGAGAUUUCGCAGCAAGCUACCAGAGUAUCAAAUACUACGUAAUCUAUGCUGAGCCACUAGUCCUAAUCCCAUUCACUACUUUGAAAAGCGAGUAUGCAGUAGGAACCUCGUAUACGAGCCAAGCACCUGCAGGAUCAUGUACAUAUUAG